AUGAUUGCAAUUCUGGCAGGAUCGUUCCUGCUACCGGCCGAAGUAUCAGCGCGAGCCGGAUAUUUCGACCACAGCACCAAUACCUGGGUGACACCCAAGUAUCAUCCAGGUGGCAAGUCACCUGUACGGCGCAAGAAAGUCAGCUACAAGGGUCCCUAUACGCCGGGCACCAUUGUUAUCGAUACUUCGGAGCGCCGCCUUUAUCACGUCCUGCCGAAUGGCAAGGCAAUGAAAUACGGUGUGGGUGUCGGCAAGACUGGUUUCCAGUGGGCCGGAACGCACCGCGUGACUCGCAAAGCUGAAUGGCCGAGCUGGACACCGCCGGCGCAGAUGCGCGCACGCGAACGCAGGAAGGGCCGCAUCUUGCCGAGCUACAUGCCUGGUGGCCCGAACAAUCCGAUGGGCGCACGUGCACUCUAUAUCGGUUCGACCCUCUACCGCAUUCACGGUACGACCGAACCGUGGACGAUUGGCUCGGAAGUGUCUUCCGGAUGCAUUCGGAUGGCAAACGAAGACGUCAUCCACCUUUACAAGAGUGUCACUGUCGGCGCCAAGAUCGUCGUCAAGCGCUGA